AUGCCCCGACUGGAGCUUGACGACGGCACCUACCCCGACUUCCGCGUUCCCACCUUCACCGCCCCGGAGGAGGCGGACGACAGCGGGUCCGAGCAACUCCCCUCCACCGAACAGCCGUGGGGCUCAAUGUCCAUCGUGCCGGGCAUGAGCACCAUGGAGCUGCUCGAGGCACACCGACAGACACUAUCACAGAUGUAUGCCGACAACAAGACUGAACUGCACAGCGUGACGCUUAGCCGUCGACAUAUGCAGCCUCCCGAUUUGUACAGGAGUAUGAUUAUAGAGGGUCUCUCGGAUUCGCUUGCAGGUUACAACUUCGGUAUUGAGGGUUAG